AUGAUUCAUCUACCGCGAUCAGUGUGGAUGGCGUUAUUUCUUAUUCCUAUACUGUCGAUCUGUUCGAUUCGUCAUUUAAACAAGCUAGCUCCAUUCGCUCUUGUCGCAAAUUGUUUAUAUUUGUCUGCGGUAUUUAUCUUAUUGUAUUUCUUCUUCACUCAUUUAAAACCGUCAUCCAAUUUCCCAGCUAUUGGACAAAUUGAAAACAUUCCUCUUUAUUUCGGAACAGUUUUGUUCGCUUUUGAGGGAAUUGCUGUGGUUUUACCGGUGGAAAAUCGUAUGACUCAUCCGCAGCAUUUUAUUAAAUGGAACGGAGUUUUGAAUUGUUCAUGUUUGGUUGUAAUGAUUAUAUUUACGGUGAUAGGAUUUUACGGUUACCUUGCUGUUGGUGAUCAAGUUAGCGAUACGGUCACUCUGAAUGUACCACAUGAACCAGUGUAUCAAAGUGCAAUUGCAGAACUCAUCCCACACCUUGCGUUAUUUAUCUCAUUUAUUGGAGCCUUCUCAGGAUCUUCGAUGGCUUUGCUCUUCCCACCUUUCAUCGAUCUCCUUGUCUCGCAUUCUCGAGGCAAAUUAGUCCUUAAAGUUUGGAUAAUCGAUUUGACCUUACUACUUUUUGCACUGAUUGGUUUAGUAACAGGAACCUAUACUGCAUUGGUUGAAAUAUUUAAAAAGAUUGGACAAUCGGUGUCGAGUUUCUAA